AUGGGGAGGUACGACGGCGGGAAGGAGGCGGCGGACACGCAGCUGGGUUACCCGCUGGUGGCGGUGUGCAUCGACAAGGACAAGAACAGCCAGAACGCGCUCAAGUGGGCCAUCGACACCAUCGUGGGGAAGGGCCAGACCAUCGUGCUCGUCCACGUCAACACCAAGGGCGUCUCCGGCGGCGUGGAGGACGCCGCCGGGUUCAAGCAGCCCACCGACCCUCACCUCAAGGAGCUCUUCCUCCCGUUCCGAUGCUUCUGCACCCGCAAAGACAUCCAGUGCAAGGACGUGGUGCUCGACGACAAUGACGUCGCCAAGUCCAUCAUCGAGUUCUCCGCCCACGGCGCCAUCGAGAAGCUCGUCGUCGGCGCCUGCACGCGCGGCGGCUUCGUCCGGUUCAAGGCCGACAUCCCGACCACCAUCUGCAAGGGCGCGCCGGACUUCUGCACCGUGUACGUGAUCAACAAGGGCAACAAGGUCUCGUCGCAGCGCAACUCCAUCCGCCAGGCGCCGCGCGUGUCCCCGCUCCGGUCGCAGAUCCAGAACCUCAGUAACGCGGCGGCCGCGAAGCCGCCGGAGCCAGCGUUGCCGGUGCCAGCGAACCAGAGGUGGUCGACGUCGUCCAGGGGCAGCGACCACGGGGAGACGCCCAAGGUAGACAGCUACAUCCGUUCGCCGUUCGCGCGCGGGUCCAUGGGGCCAACAAGGAAGUCGUACGCCGACCUGAGCCACAUGCCGAUGCCGGACUCGGCGGACAUUUCCUUCGUCAGCAAUGGGCGCCGAAGCACGGUAGACUCGUCGGAUAUAUCCUUCAUUAGCAGCAGCGGCGGUGGCGGUGGCCGCCGGAGCGUCGACCAUUACCAGCAGUCGGCGCCGCGGAUGUCCAACGGUUCGUCCAUCGACUGCUACGACCACAGCUUCGAAAUGCGGACGCCGAGCAAAUGGGGCGACUCCUUCCCCGGCGGUGGCGCCAACGACCUAUUGUCCUUCUCGCAGACCAGCACCUCCUCCUUCUCCUCCAUCGGCAUGGACGACGUGGAGUCCGAGAUGAAGCGGCUGCGGCUGGAGCUGAAGCAGACCAUGGACAUGUACAGCACCGCGUGCAAGGAGGCGCUGAACGCGAAGCAGAAGGCCACGGAGCUGCAGCGGUGGAAGGCGGAGGAGGAGCAGAAGAGGCAGGACCAGAACAUCACGGAGGAGUCUGCGAUUCAGAUGAUCGAGCGGGAGAAAGCCAAGGCGAAGGCGGCCAUGGAGGCGGCCGAGGCGUCGCAGCGGAUCGCCGAGAUGGAGGUGCAGAAGCGGAUCAGCGCGGAGAAGAAAUUGCUCAAGGAAGCCGAGGACCGCAAGCACCGCGGCAAUGGCGGCGGCGGCGAGAUCCGGUACCGCCGGUACACCAUCGAGGAGAUUGAGCACGCGACGGGGAACUUCGACGACGCGCGCAAGAUAGGUGAGGGGGGCUACGGUCCCGUGUACCGGGGCCAUCUCGACCACACGCAGGUCGCCAUCAAGGUGCUCCGGCCCGACGCGGCGCAGGGGAGGUCGCAGUUCCAGCAGGAGGUGGAGGUGCUGAGCUGCAUCCGGCACCCGAACAUGGUGCUCCUUCUCGGCGCCUGCCCGGAGUACGGCUGCCUUGUGUACGAAUACAUGGCGAACGGAAGCCUGGACGACUGUCUCUUCCGUCGCGGCGGCGCCACCGGCGGGCCUGUCAUCCCGUGGCAGCACCGGUUCCGCAUCUGCGCGGAGAUCGCAACGGGACUCCUGUUCCUGCACCAGAAGAAGCCGGAGCCGCUUGUGCACCGUGACCUCAAGCCCGGGAACAUCCUGCUCGACAGGAACUACGUGAGCAAGAUCAGCGACGUCGGGCUGGCGCGGCUGGUGCCGUCGAACGUGGCGGACAGCGUGACACAGUACCGGAUGACAUCGACGGCGGGGACAUUCUGCUACAUCGACCCGGAGUACCAGCAGACAGGGAUGCUGGGAACCAAAUCGGACGUGUACUCGCUGGGGGUGAUGCUGUUGCAGAUCAUCACGGCGAAGCCGCCCAUGGGGCUGUCGCACCACGUCGGGCGCGCGCUGGAGCGGGGCUCUCUGGCAGACCUGCUCGACCCGGCCGUGACGGACUGGCCGGUGGAGGAGGCGCAGUGCCUCGCGGAGAUGGCGAUCCGGUGCUGCGAGCUCCGGCGCAAGGACCGGCCCGACCUCGGCAACGUCGUGCUCCCUGAGCUCGACCGCCUGCGCGCUCUCGGCGAGGACAACAUGGAGUUUUGCGGCACCAUCCGGGGAGGUGGCGGCGGAGGCAUGUACAGCUCGGCGUACCAUAGCAACGUCACAGCGUCACGCGCCGCCGAUGUGGUGAACGAUUCAUACCCCAUGAGGUCCGUAUUCAGCUCAAGACCGAGCGAAUCACCCAUGCCUCCAAGACGAUGA